AUGGUUUCAAGCAGUCUUCUUCAGGCGGUGCUGCUCAUGGCAGGCUGUGCUACUACCUUAGCGACACCUUUCGUUCCUCGAUAUGCCCUGACUCAGGAGCACCUCGAGGUUCUGGCCAUGCGUGCCUCGACAAGCGUGGACCCCAAUGCGGUUUCUAACACGCAAUGCAUUGACCCAAAUGUCAACAUCGAUUUCCACGACCAAAACGUAGCGGAGCUUGGAAUCUGUGGAGGAAUUGCAGGCUCAAUCACUAAGUGCGGCGGCGCACCACAGAGCACGACGGGCAAGUCGGGAACGGCACUCUUCACGCUCAAUGCCGCCACCAGCGGUGCCACUAUCAACAUCUCGAAGGGUCGCUGGGAGGGCUGCAUUCGAGCGGCCAGGGCUGUUUGCCCUACUGGAAGUGUAAGUGGCACAUGCACGGGAGGCGCCAGUACGGGCAACGUGGACUUCACUCUGGACAACCCUUGA